AAUGUAUGUGACUGACACUCUUUGUAUUUAUUGAUGAAAAAUUACUGUGCAUUUAAAACACAUUCGGUUUUAGUAUUACAGAAAUAUUACCUGGUUCAUGUAUGCAUAACUGACAAAUAUACAUCACAUUAAGUUUAUUUGUUUAUGUAAAACUGUGUAAUCCAAAUGGAUGAAAAUUUAUAUGCAAUUCAAAUACAUAAAUCUUUCAUUUAGGCCUAAAUAUUGUUUGAGUAUGAAUGUAUAAGUUUACAUAUUGCAGAUGAUGAGGCUGUUUUUUUUCUUUCGUUUUUUUUGCACUUCUUUCCCGUAAAUGUAAAAAAAAAAAAAAAAAAAAAAAAAAAAAAAAUUAAAAGUACAAAUAGUCUCUCGCUAAUCUACAUGUAUAAUAGGCUAAUAUACAGAAUUUAGAAAAUUAUGUUUAAAGUCAUUUGAUCUAUGACUUUAAACACACCUCAUUCACUUUUCAUGUCAAAUACCUUUUUUUUUUUUUUUCCUUAUGGGCAUUAUGGGAAGAAUACAGUCAUCACUGACCUCAAGAGCACAAUUGCAGAAAAAAAAAUGUGGCAAGUGUUUGUUCAUCGCGUAAUUUAAUGUAUGACUGAAUGCUUGACGUGCGUGAACAGGUAGUCGCGUUGGAGUCUUGACCAAUUUGUGCCAUAGCGCACCGCGCCGUGUGCGUCAGCGCUGCACAUUUGCAGGAGUCAAACGCCCUAAACAUAACAAAUUAAAUAGUCAGGUACUAAAGUAGGAUGAAAUUAACAAUGGCUGAUAACCUUAAUUGCAGCAGCGGUAACUGCUCCAGUGCGCACGAGGCGUUCGGUUUAUCCGAUGGACACUUUGCGCUCGUGAAGGCUGCAGUUCUGGGGUCCAUUUUCGUGCUGGCAACAUUUAGCAAUUUAUUCCUCCUCCAUGCCCUCUGGAAAAGACGGAAAAGACACACUCGAACUCAGCUGUUUCUUCUCCACCUGUGCCUGGCUGACCUGGUUGUCGCUUUCUUCCAAGUCCUGCCUCAGUUAUCCAUGGAGAUUACGCACCGGUUCAAAGGCUCCGAUCUGGUGUGCAGAUCAGUUAAGUAUCUUCAAGUGGUCGGGAUGUUUGCGUCCACGUAUAUGAUCGUGGCCAUGACCAUAGACCGCUAUCACGCGGUCUGCAAACCCAUGGUGUCGUUCCUCAGGGGGUCUUUCCGCAGGUAUGUUGCCAUAAGCGCCGCCUGGCUCAUCUCACUGGCGUUCAGCGCUCCGCAGAUGUUCAUCUUCUCUCUCCAAGAAGUUGAGAAGAACGUUUUCGACUGCUGGGCGACAUUUAUUGAGCCCUGGGGAGGCAAAAUAUACAUAACGUGGAUCACUUUAUCAGUGUUUGUUCUGCCAGCCUUAAUCUUGAUGUAUUGUCAGAUAAAGAUAUGCGCAGGGAUCUAUUUCAACAUGAAGAGGAAAGCCUUGCAGGGCAGCACAGGUGAUGGGCGCUCUAGCACUAAAGGGAUAUCAAACGCAAUGCUGAAGACUGUCAAAAUGACUUUUAUUAUCAUCCUGGUGUACACCCUCUGCUGGAGCCCAUUCUUCGUGGUCCAGCUCUGGUCAGCUUGGAGUCCAAGCAGUGCACCCACGCAAGGGCCAGUGUUUGUCACUAUCAUGCUCCUCGCCAGUCUUAACAGCUGCACAAACCCAUGGAUCUACCUGUACUACAGCUAGAACCUCACAGGCAACAACUUCUUGCUGCUGAAGAGUGCAUGAAUAUGGUCAUGGCAUAAUUCGGCAUGGUCAUUCGUUUCAAUUUAAAUAUAUAUAUACUUGUACUGCUAUAGAGAAUGAAGGAGAUCUGUUCUCUUUUUAUUGUUGCAUGUACUAAGCUGUAAAAUAUAAGUAAUAUAUUCAUAGAAUGAGGUUUAUGACAGAUGAUAUGAGUAAUGGCACCUCGUCUUUGUGCUGUAAUAAUAUGCCCUGUGAUUUACAGGUAAUGUACCAUUCUGCACUAAGUGACUAACAUCAUCAAGAGACAAUGACUCAUAUAUAAAGAUAAUUAAGGUAUAACUAGUGUAUAAUUAUUUCCCAGUAUGUAUUGAAAGAUAUUUAGCACAUGCCUUCAUUUGUGUGAUUAUGCGGACAAAUGAGCUGCAUAUAUGAUUGUCAUAUCUUUGAUUGUAUAGAGCUGGUCACGUUUUUCACAUCUUUUGUUUCAUUUUUGAAACACUAUGUAUGAUCUUAAAUGACUCAUGUAAAUUAGAUUGGCCUUUGGUCAAUACAAUUCAUUUACAGUCAUUAAAGUAAUGUUAUUUUCCUUUCCUCAUUUAAACAAAAAUGCAAAUGAGCUUGUGUAUAAAAAAUUCUAUAGGAUUACAAUUAUGUGUGACGGUUUCCAUAGUCACUGUGUGAUGAUCUCAUAUUUUCACGCACACAAAUUUCUUUGUAUCGCAAAGCCUGUUUUCUGUGAAAGUCACUUCACACAUUUUAAGAUCCGUCUGAAUCCUUAAAUAAAGCAAAAUGAAGUGGGAAUGUUCCUUCACCGAGAAACCCAGAUUCAUACAAACAGUCAAAGAUUUUAGGGAUCAGUUUCAUAAUCAUAUUUCCCUCCAGGAAUUUAUUGCUUCUAUUCCCCUCUGUUCACAUUAAUAAUAGAGCAAUAUGAAAUAUUUAAUACACCUAAUUUAGUUCCUCACAUAUUUGGAGUUUAAAAGCAGACCAUCUUUUGGAUAAGGAAUCUGUUAUUAGUUUAAAUAUUCUAAAAAUAUUUAUUUGUAGAUAUUUUAAUUUAUUUUAAUCAGAGUCAGGCCAUAAUUGUGCACUUAGAGCAUUUAAAAAAAAAACAUUUAUGCACCAAAACUUCACCUUUCAUAUGAAAAAAAUGAGGUGAAUUAACUAAUUAAAGGGUCUUAAUGGUCAUGCACUUAAGUUAUGAUUGUAAAAGCAUGCUAAAAAGCAUUUAAGCUUUAUGGAACUGCCGAAUGACAACAAAAUCGGUUAGCCUUUUCACUGCACAAACACUCUUUGGAUUUAAAGGCAAAAUGAAAGCCUAAGGCACCUGUAUCCAAGGUAGCUCUUGGUUAAUGGGAUUAGAGCAUACUUAGAGGCUGAUAAAAAAAUGGUGGAGACCAUUGUAACAGAACGCUGGAAGGGGAGGCAGAAGUGGCAAUAAGACAGCACUUUAUGCCCUCAUCAAAUACAGUGCGGUGUAAAUUAUUGACAUUUAGGAAAUGCCUUCUGAAAAAUAUGAGUAAUAACAUAAUUAGAUCAGAUAGAAAAACAGCAUUAUUUUCAAAUUGAAUAGACCAGCAACAUAGUACACAAAGACCAGUGGCUAUGAUACUGUAAGGGUUAUGUUUAAUUCUGUUAGUUGAUUUGUGUUUUAGCUUGGUUUUGUUUUGUUCCUGUUUGCCUGUGUUCCCAGUGAUUGUUAGUUUCCAUAGUUACUCAUUUGUUUCAAACUUGUUCUUAAUUCCGAUGAUUACUCUGUGUGUAUUUAAGCCCUUAGUUUCCUCAGUUCAUUGUUCGGUUUCGUCUUUCGACCUAGUGAUCUCCUGAGUGUUACCUUGCUGGAUUUAUUAAAGACUGUUUU